AUGGCGACUGUUUGUCAGAUUUGUGGGGACAGUGGUUUCGAAGUAGCACUUGUUUAUUGCGACUCUUGUAAGAUUGCAGCUAUGCACUGCUAUUGUUUGGGCAUAACGCCGGUUCCUUUUGAGGAAUAUAUAACUUGGUUCUGUGAGGAGUGUGAUGUGAGUGACUGUGGCUCUGAUGGCGGAGAAGUUGAUAUGACCACUAAGCUUAGAGAUAUCUUGAAGAAGAAGAAGAGCAGCAGUCAAGCCUCGCCGGUUAAAGCUGCUGAGGAGGUGUUUUCUUCACCAACGAUUGUAGAAACAAUGAAGGAGUCUGAGGGAAGGGAGAGAUUGGAUAAUGGAAAGUCUGAUGAAUUGAACGGUUUAGUAAGAAAUGAAGCAACUGUCUCGGAGAAGGUGGUGAAAGAAAAGAGGAAGAAGAAGAAGAAGAAACGAAAGAGCAUUGAUCAGUCCCUGCCGGCUUUACCUCUUGAGGACCAUGAGCUCCCUGAUGCCAUUGAUGUUGAGCCUGUGUUAGUAAGUAAUGAAGGAACUGUCUUGGAGGCCGGAGAUGGAACAACUGUUUUGGGGGAGGGAGAGAAAGAAAAGAAGAAGAAGAAGAAGAAACGGAAGAGCAUUGAUCACACCUUGCCGGUUGAGGAUCAUGCCAUUGCCACCAAUGUUGAGCCUGUGGAGGUGUCUACGAAGCAACAAAGCUCUGAAGAAUUGAAUGGUUUAGUAAGAAAUGAAGGAACUGUCUUGGAGGCCGGAGAUGGAGCAUCUGCCUCUGAGAAAGAAAAGAAGAAGAAGAAGAAAAGAAGGAGCAUUGAUCACUCUCUGCCGGCUUUACCUGUUGAGGACCAACAGCUCCCGGUUGCCACCAAUGUUGAGCCUGGGGAGGUGUCUGAGAAGCGACAAAGCUCUGAGGUAUCGAACGGUUUAGUAGGAAACGAAGCAACUGUCUUGGAGGCCGGAGAUGGAGCAACUGUUUUGGGGGAGGGAGAGAAAGAGAAAAAGAAGAAGAAGAAGAAAAGAAAGAGCAUUGACCACACCUUGCCAGUUUCACCUGUUGACGAUCAUGUCCUCCUGGAUGCCACCAUUGUUGAGCCAGUGGAGGUGUCUAAGAAGCGAAAAAGCUCUGAGGAAUUGAGAAAUGAAGCAUCUACCUCAAAGAAGGGUGAGAAAGGAAAGAAGAAGAAAAAAAGAAAGAGCACUAAUCACUCUCUACCGGUUUUACCUGUUGAAGACAAUGAGCUCCCGGAUGACACCAAUGCUGAGCCUAUGGAGGUGUCUAAAAAGAGAAAAAGCUCUGAAGAACUGAACGAUUUAGAAAGAAAUGAAGCAUCUGUCUUGGAGAUGAUUGAGAAAAAGAAGAAGAAGAAGAACGGAGAGAGCAGCAAGAACACCUUGCCGGUUUUAGCUGUUGAGGACCAUGAGCUCCAGGCUACCAAUAAAGGAACAACUCAUGACUCUGAGAGACGGGAACACAACAAUGGAAAAUCUCAUGAAUUGUCUGGUUUAGCUAAAAGUGCAGCAUCAUAUGUCUCUGAGGCUGGGAAUUCAUCUACUGUGCCAGAUUACAGUUCUUGUACCAGCAAAAAGAGGAAGUUAAGUUCUGGCAACAUAAGGGUUACUAGUGCAAACACACAGUUAGAUGCUGAGGAAAACACUUGCAGAGAAGCUGAAUCAAAUAUGCCUCAAACGUCAGAGAAGUUGACAGCUACGGAUUACAACUCUCCGGUACUCUAUAAUGACAGAGCGCAACCAAUCUUGGAACCGACAUGGAGGGGAUCGAUAUCGAUAAAGAACAGAAACGUUUGCAACAUUGAUGGCCUUGUAGCUCAUUUAUCAAGCUUAGCCUGCUAUCAAGUCCACGAAAAGGCGAGUUCGUUGCACGGUCGCCUCUAUGCUGAAAUGGUUCCUAGGUUGGAUAUAUGGCCGAAAAGCUUUCUCAACAAUGGAGGACCUAUGGAUGAUAGUAUCGCUUUUUAUUUCUUCCCUUCAAGUGAAAGUGACAGUAAUCAAGAAGCGGUUUUCUAUUCGCUUGUUCGUGAAAUGAAGAAGGAUGAUUCGGCGAUGAGAUGCGUUCUUGACAAUGUAGAACUUAUACUCUUCACCUCUUAUCAGUUACCUCUGCAUUGUUGGACUUUUUAUUCAAAGGAGUACCUGUGGGGUGCCUUCAGGCCUAGAAAGACUUCUCGACAUUAG